AUGGGGGAACCGGUGGGUUGUUGCGAACGGGUGGCCAUCAACGUGGCGGGGCGUCGAUUCGAGACCUUGGGGAGGACCCUCCUCCGGUUCCCCGACACCCUCUUGGGGGACCCCCGCCGGCGCCGACGGUACUUCGACCCCCAACGCCGAGAGUAUUUCUUCGACCGUCACCGCGGAGCCUUCGGCGCCGUCCUCUACUACUACCAAUCCGGUGGAAGACUCCGCCGACCGCCCGACGUCCCCUUAGACGUCUUCUUGGAAGAGUUACGCUUCUACCAGUUGGGCGCCGAAGCGGAAGGAAGACUCCGCGAGGCCGAAGGCUUCGGGGUGGAGGUCGCCCAACCUUUGCCCGGCGGGAGGUUGCAACGGCGAGCGUGGUUGUUGUGCGAGCACCCCGAGAGUUCGCCGGCUGCCCGCGCCGUGGCCUUGCUCUCCGUCCUCGUCAUCCUCGUCUCCAUCGUGGUCUUCUGCUUGGAGACCCUGCCUCAGUUUCGGGCUGGAGGGGAGGGGUCCGCUCAGACCCCACCACCCAUCUCCACCGCCGUCAACGCCUCCUCCCCGCCGUCCUCCCGGGCCAAUUUAACGGAUCCUUUCUUCGUGGUGGAAACCGUCUGCAUCUGCUGGUUCUCCUUGGAGCUCCUCGUCCGCCUCCUAGCCAGCCCGAGCAAAACGGCCUUUUUCCGCAACGCCAUGAACCUCAUCGACCUCAUCGCCAUCGUCCCCUAUUUCGUCGCGUUGGGGACCGAGCUGGCCCGCCAACGGGGCAUCGGCCAACCCGCCAUGUCCUUGGCCAUCCUCCGCGUCAUCCGCUUGGUGCGGGUCUUCCGCGUCUUCAAAUUAUCCCGCCACUCGACGGGCUUACAGAUUUUAGGCCAGACCCUCCGCGCCAGCAUGAGGGAGUUGGGCUUGCUCAUCUUCUUCCUCCUCAUCGGCAUCGUCCUCUUCUCCAGCGCCGUCUACUUCGCCGAGGCCGAAGACGCCGCCACCGCCUUCACCUCCAUCCCCCAAGCUUUUUGGUGGGCCGUGGUCACCAUGACCACC